GCGCGUGACCUGGAAAUGAUUUCACUGAGGCUGGUGGGGUGUCGCGCGCGUACGCGCAUGUUCACUGUAGUUCGCUGUAUCAGAUAAUAAACGCGUUAUAAAGGUGUGUUAGGGAGUCGGAAAGCGUGUGUGGCUGUUGAAAAACAUAGCGGCGGCGGCCACAGAGUCACCGUUUCCUCCGUCCUUUUCAGCUCCAACAUGUCGGAGCCAUCCGGGAAGAGAUUAAAGAUGAAUGUGCCCAAGUGUAAAGCACACCGCGCGCUGCAGAGCACUAAAGCCAAGCAAAACUUCCCUGCUGUCGUUGAAGAAGGUUUAUGUGGAGUUUCAACUUCAAUAAUGCGGUUUUCCUACCGACUCCAGGCGCUGGCUAAGAUCUUUGAGCAGGAUGAUCUGCCCUUGUCCCGUUUGGCUGCUUUUUUCCACCAGGAGUCUAUGAGGGAGCAGGCGCAGGCUGAGGCCAUGCUACAGUACCUGUCUGAGCGUGGGGGACACUACUGCAACAAAGUUAUUCAGAGACCAUGCACUGAGCAGGUGUGUGCGCUGCUCCCCGCUCUGGAGUUCAUGCUGGGCCAGUGGAAGGAGGAGAUGGCGAUACUGGUAGAACUGUGCCAGCUGGCACGUGAACAUGAGGACCCUCACACCAACAGUAUGGUCAAAAGCCAUUUUCUCAACCCACUUGUCCCAAAAAUCAAGCUUCUUGGUGACUUACUGACCAACGCACGAAGAGUGGGAUGCACCACUGAUAGCACUGGCAGAUUCGGAGAAUAUCUCAUCGACCAGCUUUACAAGGAACUGAACAGUGCUUGAACUUUCCCUGAAUAAUAAAGGCUCCUACUGAUGCAAUAAAAACCUUACCAGGAGCAUAGAAAAGAAAUGGCUUCUAUUCAGCUUGUGGCCUUGUUUGAUACUCCGGAUUUCAGAACAAUAAUGUGACUUCGAAAAAAAAAAAGCUUUUGUGCUGAAAUAAAGCCUUUCUAUUUUGAAUAACAAAAUUUAAUAUUGAUAAUAGUAAGUAACUGAUGAUGUAAAAGUUAUGUAAAAUGAAUGGUCUUGCUUGUUGUUACCAAGGCUUUUUCAUAUGUAGCCUCUCAUGUCCGUUAUUUGUAAAUCAGGGAUGCAAACAGCGCGCCUUUUGGCGGAUGGCGCCUUUUUCACGGCUGAAUUGCGCAGAUCUGAAUUUUUUUUUUUUU